AUGACUUCCACUCCCGGCGACGACCCUAACGCGGCGGAGAGCAGCGCGCUCUCCGCCAUCCACCCCGACAUAAUCCAAACCCACAUCCUCACGCGCCUCCCCGGCCCCGCCCUGGCCUCCGCCACAGCCACGUGCUCCCAACUCCACUCACUCUCCUCCCACGACCCCCUCUGGCUCAACGCCUGCCACGCCACGUGGCCUUCCACCCUCACGCCACGAGUCCGCCACGUCAUCGACACGUUCCCCAAUGCCGCGCGCUCUUUCUUCGCCGACUCCUUCCCCUCCUCGCACUCACUUUCCUCCAAUAAAACUACUUUUUCUUCAAACGAUCCUAACCGCACGCCAGAACUCAUCUCAGCCGUUGAUCUAUUCCACAACGAGAGCCUCUUAUUCUCCAAGGUAGUGGAGACCGAAACCGUGACCGGGUGGUUCCGGUGCUCGCCUUUCAGAAUCGACCUGGUCGACCCGAAGCACGCGGUGAAAACGGGGGUGAAGUACCCGGUCGACGAGGACACGUGUCGGGAGCUGGAAGAAAGCCUGAGGCUGACGUGGAUUUUGGUGGACCCCACGGGGAAACGUGCGGUGGAUGUCUCGAGUGGAAAGGUAGUGGCGUUGGAGAAACACUGGCUGAGCGGGGAGGUGGUGGUGCGGUUCGCGACGGAGGCGGGGGCGGCGCUGUGUAGUGUGGCGGUGACGUGGGGGACUGAGAUGCAAAUAAAAGAAAUUAGUUUUCAGAUGGAGGACGUGGAUGGGGUGCAGAUGAACGGGAGGGAUAGUUUGGUAAUUUUACAAGGUGUGUUGGAGGGUGAGAGAAGGUGGAAGAAGAAGAAGGAAGAGGGUGGAGAGGGGUAUAGAGUUUUUUUGAAGAGAAAGAAAGAGAGGAAAGAAGGGAAGGUGAGGGCAGAAGGGAGAUUGGACAUGUUAUGUGUGGGUCUCGCCGUGGUGACUAUGGUUGCAUCUUCUCUUUUUCUUUUGUGGAGAUGGCAUCACUAA